CAAUGCAUUUCCUUCCUUUUAUUCCCAUCAUUCCCCGCUGCAACCCUUCCUGCACCGGUCAAGAUGGCGGACAAACCAGUUCCAGUUGUCGAGAAGCGCCUGAUGGAUGUGAAGCUGACAGAGUUGCCAAGAUGGCUCGCAGGUCGAAGCUGGACCCCAAGCGGACUCGUCAGAGGGGUCCACGGAGGCUAUGAGAGGUACUACAACAAGUACAUCAAUGUGAAGAAGGGAGGCAUUGGUGGCAUCUCCAUGUUUCUGUUUGGAUACGUGAUCCUCAGCUACGUGUGGCAGUACGAUCACAUCAAGCACGACCGCUGGAGGAAGUACCACUGAGCGCCUCCAGCAGCCAUCACGCCGUCAGGGGUCGAACCAGCAUCUCCCCUCGCUCGUUAUAUGCUCAACUAUAUUGUGUUAGUAAAAUGUGACUGUUGUGACCAAUAAAAAGUAUAUAAACACG